AUGAAAUUAACAAAAUAUAUGAAUUGGAUAAUUCAAAUUUUAAGGAUAUGGUGAAUGCCGUUGGUUCACGUUGUUGUACAAGUAAUGAUUCGAUGUUUUAUGUGCCUUUUCUUGCUGGAACAAUUUACAAACCUUUGCAUCAAGUUGUCACAAAGUCUAUGCACCCUCCUUUACCUAUUCCACUUCCACUAUUGGGAAUAGACCACAUGCUAGAAAUUGGACGAAGGUUGCAGUUUCCAGUUGACACAAACCAUCAUUUUCAUCGAUGCCUUGGUGAUGUCGGUGGUCAUUGUCGAACAUUGGAAUUUUUUUAUCAACAAUGCUCCGAUUUCAUUGUCGAUACUAUUGAUUUUUUACAGGUUAUGACUGAUGUUCGUGUAUUAUUAAGUGAACGUUAUGCAUUUGAGGAAUUUGCUCAUGAUAAUUCUGAUAUUAUUGCUGGUUGUUUGUUAGAUGAGGCAAUGAUUCUUAAUGACAGAAUAAAAGAAUUAAGGCAAUAUGGAAUUGUGAUCUUAGAAGAAGAUUAUAACCAAUCUGGACGUGUAUAUUUACGUUUGCCAUAUAUUAUGCUUUG